UCUGCGCACUUCACCUCACUGGCGGAUACUCUACGCAGCCACACAUUCAUCGCCACCAUCGAUGCGCGGUCUUGUUGAUGGACAAAGAUGUAGCGACAGACCAUGCGCUCGGAGCGCUUACGGCACGCCCGGGCGGGAGAGAGGAUGUCAUGCAACAACUGUCGGCAGUGGGUAGUGGUGCAGGCGGAGCCGGCGUCUUCUCCCAACUCUUCUCAAAUCCUUUCUUCACCGCCGGCUUUGGCCUGGCGGCAUUGGGUGCUGCAGCACGCUAUGGCUCCCUCGGGGUGAGGAGAGGCUCCGAGCUCCUGCGUCGCCGCAUGCUGGUCGAUCUGGAGAUCACCAAGCACGACGACUCUUACCACUGGAUCCUCAACUGGAUGACUGCACAGUACCAGCGCCAACUUCUCCCUGUUGGCAAGCGAAGGGACUUGGGGACUGUGCAGUAUCUCCUCCGCCGCCUUACACCUGGUCUCCGUCAUUUACAGAUCAACACCGCCAAGACCAAGACGCCCAGCGGGUCCGAGCAAACUGCAUUCUCCCUCGUCCCCGGACAUGGGAGGCACAUUCUGCGUUAUGGCAACGCGUUCCUCUUGGUCAACCGCGAGCGCGUCGGGAAAAGCUUCGAUGUCAACGGUCAGCCCUUCGAGACGAUUUCCCUCACCACUCUGUACUACUACCGACACAUCUUCGAGGACAUCUUCCGCGAGGCCCACGAGAUGGCGCUGCAAGGGACAGAAGGCAAGACGGUCAUCUACACUACCCGUAACAUGUCCUGGGAGCAAUCUGGUCCUCCUAAACGACGGAGGCCUUUUGACUCUGUGGUACUCGAAGAGGGCAUGUCGGAGAAAAUCCUCGCAGACGUCCAAGAGUUUCUCCACGCACGCACGUGGUAUCUCGACCGUGGCAUUCCUUAUCGACGAGGUUACCUCCUUCAUGGACCACCCGGAACAGGCAAGACGUCGUUCGUGCAAGCACUAGCCGGCAAAUUAGACUUCAACAUUGCUAUGUUGAGCCUGAGCCAGCGUGGGCUAACCGACGAUCUCCUCAAUCACCUCCUGCUGAACGUUCCCCCGAAGACAGUUGUGCUCCUCGAGGAUGCCGAUGCAGCAUUCAGCAACCGCAAACAGCGCGACUCCGAAGGCUACAGCGGAGCCAACGUCACGUAUUCUGGAUUGUUAAACGCCCUGGACGGCGUAGCGAGCGCAGAAGAGCGGGUGAUUUUCAUGACGACUAACCACAUCGACCGGCUGGAUGAUGCGUUAAUACGACCCGGGAGAAUAGACAUGACUGUUUACCUGGGGAACGCAACCGAGGGACAGAUGGCUCAACUGUGGGAUCGCUUCUAUGCCCAGCACGAUGUGGAUGGCCGUGGCAAGCAACGCUUCCUUGCCAAUGCGCAAGCUGCAGAUCUCAUCGGGAAUGUUAGCACUGCCGCACUGCAGGGCUUGUUUCUGUACAACAAAGAUGACGUUGAAGGAGCGAUUCGCCUGGUCAGUCAGCUGGGCAAGAGCCCGCAGUCGACCUCCUAUCAACGCGCGGCUACAAGUCAAUAGCUUCGACAUUGGAGCGGCGUGCAAUAUCCAUUUUUAUCUAGCAAGCUUGUAAAUCUA